ACCGAACCAAGGGGGGGCUUGAACACGAACCUAUUAACAUAAAAGAACGAGCAGUCUAUAAAAUUUUUUAAUGUCUAUGGGUGUAUCAUAAAUGUUGUCCCACUAAUAUGCGUGAAUUUAUUGUACGCAAUUAUUGUUAUUAUUUGCUAAUUUGUGUAUCAAGUGUGUACCCAACCACACAAGCUCGUAAUUAAAUACCGACUUACCGAGUACGUUUAACAAUUACGAUAAAUUCGUUACAAUCGACAUGUUAAAGGUCUGGGUAAGACGAUACUCGUAGCGAUUAUUGUAAUUUCUUACUUUAGGAAGAAAGAAGAGAACCGUUCUACCAUGCACAUGUCCAAUAAAUACUUAUGCCAUAUGUAAACUCGCGAUAAGUCACGGGAACUUUUUUAUUUACUUUAGUAGUCUAUACAUGUUUUGUAAAUAAAUAUGGCGAGUUCAAAGGACGUGAAGAAGACUCUGGUACAGUGGUGUGAGGACUACAAACGAUGGAUUGCCAAGAACCCGAAUCUAGUCUCCGAUAUCGAAAGCACUGUCAAAUAUGUCUCUUUUUUUACUGCGGGGAGGCUGAACAGCUCCACUUUGGCAUCAGAGUUUGUUUACUCUCUGCCAAACCUCAUGGUACUUUUUAAUGAUCAAAUAAUCAGAGCUAGUAGAUAUUCAGAGCUGAAAUUACCAUCUUUGCAAUCAAAAUUAAAAAUAUGGCUCACCGUAAUUGAUUACACCGAGGCGCUGUUUGAAGUCUCAGCAAAGAAGUUAUGGGGAGAGGCUGGACGAUGGUUCAUUAUUUCUUUAAUUCAGCUUUUGAAAGUUGUCAUGAGACUGAUUCUUGUCUUUCGAUAUAAAGAACGCAUAACACAAACUCCAGCUGUUCCACCUCUAAAUCGUGAAAAGCUAAAUAACAAUAAUGAUGGAAUGCAAGCCUCAAAAGAUGCAUUUUCUCUCAAGCGGUCUGGUAAAGUGAUAAGAACUGUCAGGAGUAGUGCUUCACAAACAAGAACUUGGGCACCUCCUGCUUCUACAUCAACUGUUGAGUCGGAAGAACUUGAAAAUAAUGUUACAAUUGAAUCACUAAAAAAAUCAUUGCUGAUUGCAGAGACGAUACACAUAUUGAAGCCAUUGGUACACCUUGGGUGUUUAUCUCUUAGUGGUCCUAAAAAUUGGAACCCGUGGCUUUUGUCUUUUCUUAUUGAUUUAACAAGCUUGAAGUUAUUCAGCAAAGAGACUUCGUUGACAGGUGAAGAACGAGAAGAAAUAUGUCGUAGAAGAAUAGGGCUGCUGCUGUACAUUUUGAGAUCUCCUUUCUAUGAUAAUUGUAGCCGUAUGAGGAUUUACCAUAUGCUUGAAUUUGUUUCAAGAUCCAUACCUCUUGCUAAGCUUAUAGCCGAGCCAAUUGCAAGAUACUUACCUCAUUGGCAAAAUACAUAUUUUUACAUGUGGUCUAGUUAGAAUAUGAUUUUGAUAAGAAGUUUUUUUUUGAGGUAAUGAUUUGCUUUAAUCACGUUAUAAUAAGCGGUGGAAAAGAAUUCAUUUAUGAAAUUUUUUGUUAUUUUUAACGUUAAAAAGAAAAAUUUAUUCCUAUAAGUUAUAAAUUGUUUUCGUUUAAGUUACUUAUUCCAUGACAUUACCUGAAAAUUUCUAUUUAUUAUUGAUUCAAUGUAAUUUCCAGAGUGAGUAGAUUUAUUAAAGCUAGCGAUUUUUAUUGUUCUUUUAUCAUAUUCAAUACUUUUUGAAUAUACAUCUUGUGUUGAGCGGAUUUUUAUAGAAAGGUGAUUGGAUAGUAACUAUAAAAUUUCAUCACAUUCCCGGGGUGAUUGUGAAAAGUGGUACUUCAUGUAACAGUAAUACACAUACAUACAUAUAUACAUAUAUCUUUAUUGUUGAAAUAAAUUAAAGUUUUUUAAAUA